AUGGAGGCCAUCAAGAAAAAGAUGCAGAUGCUAAAACUGGACAAGGAGAAUGCCAUUGACCGUGCUGAGCAGGCUGAGGCGGAUAAGGAAGCUGCGGAGGAAAAGUGUAAGCAGGUGGAGGACGAGCUGACGCACCUCCAGAAAAAGCUGGAAGGGACGGAAGACGAGCUGGACAAGUGCUUGGGGGACCUGAGGGACGCGCAGGAGAAGCUGGAGCUGACCGAAAAGAGAACCUCCGACGCUGAAGGAGAUGUGGCCGCUCUCAAUAGACGCAUCCAGCUGGUGGAGGAAGAGUUGGACAGAGCUCAGGAACGGCUAGCCACUGCCCUGCAGAAGCUGGAAGAGGCAGAAAAGGCUGCAGAUGAGAGUGAGAGAGGAAUGAAAGUGAUAGAAAACCGCGCCAUGAAGGAUGAGGAGAAAAUGGAGAUUCAGGAGAUGCAGCUCAAAGAGGCCAAGCACAUUGCCGAGGAGGCUGACCGCAAAUAUGAGGAGGUAGCUCGCAAGUUGGUCAUCCUGGAGGGUGAGCUGGAAAGAGCAGAGGAACGUGCAGAGGUGUCUGAGCUAAAAUGCGGCGACCUGGAAGAAGAACUCAAGAAUGUCACUAACAACCUGAAAUCCCUGGAAGCUGCUUCUGAAAAGUAUUCUGAGAAGGAGGACAAAUAUGAAGAAGAAAUUAAACUUCUGUCUGACAAGCUGAAAGAGGCUGAGACACGUGCUGAAUUUGCAGAGAGGACGGUUUCCAAGCUGGAAAAGACCAUUGAUGACCUGGAAGAAAAACUUGCCCAGGCCAAAGAAGAAAAUGUGGGCUUACAUCAGACACUGGACCAGACACUAAACGAACUUAACUGUAUAUAACCAAAAACACAACAGUCUUGUUCCAACAGCAACUCCAGAGCUCCAUGUCUUUCUCUUCUCUUGUAAGAAGUUCCUUUUAUUAUUACAUCUUUGCUUUGCUGGAAAUGUCAAACAAUGAAUUCAUGACCAAAUAUUUUGUAUCAAACAAGCUUUGAGCACCAGUUAAAUUUAAUUACUUCCUUUUCAAGUAGCACCAGCUUCUUCAGCUGUUUUUAUUAUGUUGCAUUUAUUCCUAACAUAGGCAGGACGAUUCAUGCUGAGCACACUGUCUUAUAAUUGAGGGCAUUUGGCUCCUGGGAAAUGGUUAGCCCCAUACUUCCAAAAACUGGGUAUGGUGUCUAGUCAAAGGUUGGUUGAAAUUUUGAAUAUAACUUGUUCAGUCACUAUUGGUGAAACUAGAUGAAGCAAGGGAGCAACAUGGAAAAAUGGGUGGGGAUUUUUCAUCCAGAGCAAAAACAGAAAUGGAUUAUUGUAGGAAAUCAUAAAGCAGUUAGAUUAACCUAGUCGCACCAGGGCCUUCUCCACAUUCCACCUUCCAGUAAAUAAUCAUAAUUACCUAAGUGUUUCCUGGAUGGAGCCAUCAUGGCUCAUCUAUACUUUUUUUUUUUCAUUCUAAUGUUGUCCUUUGAAGAUUUGUCUACUUUGAGAUAAGCAGGAAUAUGAGUUCAAUCCCAUUCAAGUCAGCCAUAUCAAAAAGACUUCUGGCCAUCAAUUGAGCAAAAGUGCUAUUCCCUCUGUCCCUCCCCCGCAAACAGAUUUUAGACAGCAAAGUGUCUCUAGCAACAAAGUAUAGAGAAAAGUUGGCUUAGCUUCAUUACCAUAGUUCAGGGAAUGGCAAACUGAAAAUGCACUUAUCUAGAAUUUUAAUUACUUCUUAUCUAGCUAAUAAAAGGCCAAGAAACUCCUGAUUAAACUGGAUAUGGAGUAUUUUCUAUGCAGAGGCUGCACAUUUUGGCUUUGCUAAAUUUCUGCUUUCUUGGUUAACAUCUCAGUUGAAACAUUCCAUAUUCCCCAGCAGGGUGGGGGCCAACUCAAGUUUACAAUUCCUCUUAAAAUUCAUUCUUGCUUCUAGCUCAUCUGAAUCCCCAGCCCCUCACUCCUAUUUAUUAAGCAUCAUACUACCCAGGAGACAAACUAGCAAAUUGUGCAGUUGAAUAAAACCCACACUCUUCUUUAGAUUCUUGCAACUGUAUCAUAUGUAAUAGUAUGACUUUUUCUACAUUUUGGUCCAAUAAAUUUUUACAUAAACAUCAA